AUGGCAUGGUCGGAACAACAAAGCCAGCGGGCAAUGCAACAAGACGACAAUGCCCAGCACAUUGGCCUUGUUCACGCCCUGACAAUCUCGCUUUAUGUGUACAACAAAGCUCUAUAUCCCGUCCCCACCGCACAUACUGCCUAUAUGAUUCACAGACAGCCAACGGCCACCAUACAUCGACAACACAACGGCCCCAGAUCCAUACCACCCGAGCCACCACCACCACCAAUCCAUCCGGGCCACCGUCCAGCAUAUUCAACCCGAGCGCCAAUGUGUCUCUACACGCUCUCCAUCUCCCGCUGCGGCCACCUAGGCCACACCUACCGCAACGUCCGCCCCUGCCCCCAACUCUUUACCGCCUGCCGCGCCGACCCCAACGGCAGCCCCUGCUCCUCCCUCACCUACUCCAACCCCAUCAAGACCCACCGUGGCGGCCCCCACAAACCCGCCUUCGCUUUCUCCUCCUCCUCCUCCUCCUCCUCCAUCACCACCAAGAGUAACGCCUCUUCCGCCGUGACAUUCACCAACAACACGCGCAGCCGCUGCGCGCGCUGCGACUCCAGGGGGUACGCGCGCGCCAUGGCGUUCGAGGAGGGCGCGGCCCACAAGGCGCGCGCGCGGGCCGACGCCCAGGCGUUUCGGGAGCAGGUUGUCGAGUCGCAGGUGCGGGGCGUGAGGGAGAUGAUGGGGGAGCUGGAGGGCAUGAUCGCUGAGGGGGUUGCGAGGGGAUGGCGGGAGGAGGAGGAGGAGGAGGAGGAGGAGGAGGAGGAGGUGAGCGGGCGGCAGCGGAGGCAGGGGCAGAGGCAAAAGAAUAAGGAGAAGAAAAUGGUGCGGUUCUUGAUCUUGCCACGUGUGUUGGUCAAUGGGGUGGAGGUGGAGAUGGAUGAGUUUUGA